AUGGGUUUUAAAAGAGUGUUUAAAGCUCUUGAGAUUCCUGUUCAAGAAAGACAAACUUUGAAUUUUUUACAAAAUCCUGAUUUAUUACCUAUUAAAAGAGAAAAUCAAACAUGGGGGUUUUGGUCAAAUUUUGCAUAUUGGGGUGUUAUAUCCUUUUCUGUAGGUACUUGGAUUAGUGCGUCUUCUGCAUUAGAUGUCGGUUUAAGUUAUCCAGAGACUAUUGGUACUUAUAUUGUCGGUGAUGCUUUAACUAUUGUAUUUACUUUAGCGAAUUCUUAUCCAGGUCAUGAUUGGAAAGUUGGAUUUACAUUAACUCAAAGAUUUGUCUUUGGUGUUUAUGGUUCGACAUUUGGUAUCUUAAUUAGAGUGCUAUUAAGUAUUGUUAAUUAUGGUUCAAAUGCAUGGUUAGGUGGGUUAAGUAUAAAUUUAAUUUUAGAUUCAUGGUCUCAUCAUUAUUUAACAUUACCAAAUACUUUAUCAUCUCAUGUCGCAAUGACAACAAAAGAACUUAUUGGUUUUAUGAUUUUCCAUGUAUUAACUUGUUUCUGUUAUUUAAUGAAACCAUAUCAUAGUAAUUAUUUUUUAAUUAUUUCAUGCACUGCAACUUUUUUUGCAAUGCUUGGUAUGAUUAUUUAUUUAACUAAAGAAAAUCAUGGUGUUGGUGAUCUAUUUACUUCAACGGCAGGUACCGCAACAGGUUCUACAAAAGCUUGGGCUUGGGUUUAUAUGAUUUCAUAUUGGUUUGGUUCUGUAUCUCCAGGUUCUGUCAAUCAAAGUGAUUAUUCAAGAUUUGGUUCUUCACAAACUGCUAUUUGGUUAGGUACAAUUUGUGCACUUUUAAUUCCAACAACUCUAAUCCCAGUAUUUGGUGUCAUUGGUGCCUCAACAUCCCAAUCAUUGUAUGGCUCUCAAUUUUGGAUGCCAUUUGAUUUCUUUGAUCACUGGUUAAAUUCAAAUUAUUCUGCAGGUGGUCGUGCAGGUGCCUUCUUUUGUGGUGUUGCAUUCACAUUGUCUCAAAUGGCUUAUACUAUAUCUAAUUCAGGGUUCGCUAGUGGUAUGGAUUUAGCUGGUGUUUUCCCUAAAUAUAUUAAUAUUAAAAGAGGUGCUUUAUUGACUGCUGCAUUAUCCUUCGCAUGUCUACCAUGGAAUUUUUACAAUUCUUCAUCAAUUUUCUUAACUGUGAUGAGUUCCUUCGGUGUCAUUGUCACCCCAUUGAUCUCUGUCAUGAUUUGUGAUAAUUUCAUUAUCAGAAAGAGAAAUUACUCUGUAUCUCAAGCCUUUGUCGCUAACGGUGAAUAUUACUUCAAUAAAGGUGUCAAUUGGAGAGCAAUGGUUGCUUGGGUUGUUGGGAUGGCCCCAGGUUUACCUGGUAUCGCAUGGCAAGUUAAUAACAGCUAUUUCACAAAUAAAGGGAUUGUUAAUUUCUAUUAUGGUGAUUCUUUCUUCUCUUUUGUCAUUUCAUUUUUCUUAUAUUGGGCAUUGUGUGUCUUCUUCCCAUUCAAAAUCGAUAUCUUACAUGAUGGUAAGGAUUACUAUGGUGCUUUCACUACAGAAGAAGCUAUUAAGAAAGGUAUGGUUCCAUACGAUGAAGUGGAUGAAUAUGAACGUGAUGCAUAUGGACUUGAAGGUAAAAUGACUUACACUAGAGUCGAAGAUAUUACAUCUAUUGAUUCCAUUGAAGGUGACUUAGAAAAGAAAACACCUGUAGUAUGUACUACGGUAGACACUGAUGGCACUUUAGGAAAGACUAGUAGUUCCAGUGAUAGUGCAGCUUCAUUGAGUCAAGUUAAUGUUCCUUCUAGACAAGAGUGA